CUUAAAAACAGCUGGGUUCGUAGGAUUCUAACGAGAGAGCAACGUGGGACUGCUAAAUGAAGGGGGGCACAGUGCGGAUUUAGACGUACGGAUUAAGGCUCGUCUAAUGGCUUCACUGCUAUGAGAAAUAAGAAAUGAAAGAGGAUUUAUGGCAUACAUCAAGAGAGCCUGAGAGAGAUCGGCGAGAGAGAAAGAGAGAUAGCGCCCUAGCUUGGCAGGGAUGCAAUAAGAGCACAGUGGAAACAGACGAAUAGAUACGACUGUAUACGCUACUGUUUAGUCUGCAUCCACAAUACUUGUCACCUCUUCUUCUUUACACUGGCAUGGAAUGUUCCCGUGAAGGUUCACUUAGGGCUCCCUCCGUCUGGAACCCUAGGACACAGGCAGUGGAGAUUUUGCAGACAACAAAGGGAUGCUGAUGAGCUGCCUGGCCUUGGAUCCCCUCACUGGUCAAGACGUCUGAGGACAGGCACUGCAGGGUGCCAUAGAGUGGUGGACUGUCCAUCUCUCAAGCUGUAAUCACAGUGGACAAGGCAUCUAAAAACACAAUGGUCCUGCUGUUCAUUUUAUUUUAGUGACUCUGGUUUGGGAAAGAAGUGCUGAAAGACAGCCAGAACGUGAUGCAGCAAAUCAUAUCCUCCAUCUCUCCGUUCCUCGUUUUGGUUGUUAGGGAGACAUUUACCUCCAGUUGUUAAGGAAACUGAGCAGAGAGGGGUGUUGGUCAUGGCGAAGCCAUUCUACCGCCUACAGCGCUUCUUGCGACGGACUCAGCUGCUCUUCCUGUUCCUGGGUGUGGCCUACAUAAUGGCCGGCAGCGUGCUGCUGCUGCAGCGGGCAGCCCUGGUGGUCUCCCAGCGGGGGCUGUCCCUCACCUCCAGCUUCCUGCCCCUGCCCUCUCUGCCAGCCCCACCGCGGGCGCUGAGUGGCACGCCAGUGGUGCGAGUAGGCCCAGUGGGCGCCAGACUGCCAGGGAGUCCAGGCCGCUAUCGGGCAAGCCAGUCAGAUGACCGAGCAGGCCCUCAGUGGCUGCUGUCCAGGAACCAGGAGAUCCGACAGCUGCGGCGCCGGUGGUUCCACAGCCUCAUGUCGGAACAGGAUAUGACCAGAGCAGACCCGGUUACAGCCAGGAGGAAAGCUCCACACAAAGGUACAUACAUUGGCUGCUUCCUAGAUGAUGCCAAGGACCGGGCCUUGAAAGGGACUGUUUUUUAUGAUUUCCGCAGAAUGACCACAAGCUUGUGCCAGGACACCUGCUCUGAGAGUGGAUACCAGUUUGCCGGACUGGAGUAUGGCUCGGAGUGUUACUGUGGCAACCGCAUCGCAGGCCCACGCAUGAGGGAGGAGGAGUGCAACCUGGACUGCAAGGGCGAGAAGGGCUCCAUCUGCGGGGGUGUGGCCCGUCUGACUAUCUACAAGGUGGAGGAACUACUUCCUGGUCAGAGGAGAUACAGGAACGUGCGCUACCGUGGCUGCUUCAGAACUCCUGAGAACAUGACGGCCGCCGCGUUUGUGCGUGCCGUGAAGCGCAACGUCACCUCUCAGGCCUGCAUCGAGGUCUGCAUGGACCAGGAGUAUCCACUUGCCAUCCUACACAAGCUCCAGUGCUUCUGUGGUUAUGCGACUCCUGUCUUCAGCCUCCAUGAGCCCGUGGGGGAGGAGCUCUGUGCCCAGGCUAACACCACUAUCCCCACGGCGGCAACCAAUCAUCUCCAUUGCCAGGUCUACCAAACGCCCGUGCAGGACUCCAGGUGCACUGAGAGGAAGUUCCUGCCAGAGAAAUCCAGCUCACUAGUUGCAUUGUCCAGCUUCCCUGGUGCGGGCAACACCUGGGUGCGGCACCUGAUCGAGCUGGCCACCGGCUACUACACAGGGAGCUACUAUUUUGACGGCACUCUUUACAACCGAGGUUUCAAGGGCGAGAAGGACUACUGGAAGAGUGGACGCACCAUCUGUGUGAAGACCCAUGAGAGCGGCAAGCGGGAUAUUGAAAUGUAUGACUCCUCCAUCCUGCUGAUCCGAAACCCGUACCGCUCCCUCAUGGCCGAGUUCAACCGCAAGUGUGCCGGACACCUGGGUUACGCAUCAGACCAGCACUGGAAGAGCAAAGAGUGGCCAGAGUUUGUGGGCAGCUAUGCAUCCUGGUGGGCGUCCCACGUGCUGGACUGGCUGCGGUACGGGCGCCAUGUUCUCGUGGUCCACUACGAGGAGCUCCAGGACUCACUGGUGCCCCAGCUGCGCGUCAUCGCCAACUUCCUCAACGCCAGCGUCACCGAGGAGCGGCUGCUGUGCGCCGAAAGCAACAAAGACGGCCACUUCAAGCGCUCAGGUGCCCGCCGGCCCACCUUUGACCCCUUCACGCCAGACAUGCGGCAGCUGAUUGACGGCUACAUCGGCGCCGUGGACCAGGCGCUGAGGGAGAGCAACCAGACGGGCCUGCCGCCGGACUACCUGCCCAGGUGAUCAGAGGAAACGUCCACAAGUCUGAUCAGCGUCCCCAGAGGACCAAACUGGCCUUUCCCCAACCCUUUCUACUUCACCAUUACGACCAAGAGGAAUCUGAUCCCCUCUGUCUGUAUCAGAUGAGCAGUGUACUGCUUCACUCAUUGCAUAUUGUGGCCCGGCCCUCCUGUAAUGCAGCACUUGGAGGGUUUUCCCAUCACUGCCGCUUCAGUUUAUUUGUGUGCCACAUGUUUUGGAUGAGGGCAGGGGUAGGACUCUGGAGGAGGGCCGUGUGCCACUGCUUGACACUUAGGAUGGUGCUUUAAGAUUUACGACAGAUUAAACCGAGCAAACUGACUUUGAUGAAAUCACAGAUAGUGUCUUUUUUUGUCAUUGUUUGAGACAGAGCAGAAAAUUCAUUUGAAAGCCUUCUUCCCAAUCGCCUCAACCAUAAAAUCAGAGGCUUCAUCUUUGUUAUUGUUCUUACAUAAACCAACACCGUACAAUGAAAAUCCUGCCACAACUUGCUACAUUAGUGCUGCGUGGUUGCCACUGAUUCCGACGCACAGGCAUCACACCACCGGGAGUGCACUGGGCCCAUCAGGGCUGUAGAGCCGCCUUCACACUGACUGACUGUCCCUGGGAAUGGGAGGCUGGAGGAGGCUGGGCUGGACGCUGCAGCAGUCCUCUCCCACCAUGCUGGUGACGCCCUGAUGGAGGAGGACAGAGAGGGAGGGAGAGAGCGGGACGGAGGGGCAGGGGAAGGGGCCGAGACAUGAUGAGGGAGAGGGAUCUCCUGCAGCGUAAUCUCAUACAAUAAGCCUCUCUGGGCCCAUGCUGCGAGCAGACCGAGAGGAAAUGAUGGCAGAGGAAGGAGAAGGACAAAGAGGCAGAGUAGAGUCGCCACCAUGACCAUGGGAAGUAGCCCAGAGGAAGAGGAGAUAACAGCCGCCAGACCUGGCCAGCUAGACAUGCUUCCCACAGCACGUGGGGAAAGGGCCAGCAUGGGCACACACACACACACACACACAUACACACACACACACACACACACACACACACACACACACACACACACACACUCCCAGUGUACCCAGUGGUGUGCCGCUGCCUCCCCCUCCGCCCCCCCCUCCUGCAGUCUCUAAUCUCUCCUGAGCUGAUUAUUGCGCUGCACAGAGGCCCAGAUGUGACUGGCUUUGACAGCGCUGCUGCCACAUUCCCCUCUGCUCUGCUCCUCUCUUCUCUGGUGGCGCUCAUCACAUGAGUGUCUCUGCACCGCAUAUGGUUUAGUCAUGUAUUUAUUGAAAUAGUUUGAAUGGACGCCAGGAUCUGGCGUUAUCACAGUGGACUGCGCAUCAGAACACUGAUUCUUCAGUGUUAUCCUUUGGUAUGUCCAAUAGUCAACAGAUUGUACGCUACAAGCUUCAUUCCCAUGGAAACAAAAUCCAUUCAUCCAAUCCAUUCUCCAAACCACUGAAUUAGUAUUUGUUUGCCCUGGUGAAGAAGCAGCCAUGGAACAGUAUUUAGUCACAGGACGGGAAGAAAGAUGAUCAUGGCUGUCUGCAGAGACGCUUGAGGAGGAGGAAGGCUGCACUCUUCUGUGGGAGUUGAAUGGGCGGUAAUGGGGUCCCUCAGAGAGUAGACAACCUCCUCCCAGGGGUCGCGCUGCUUCAAGCCUGCGACUCCUAUGAUAGAUUACUGGCUAAAUGAAAUGGAUGUCAUUGCUCUGUCUGUGUAGCAGAUCACACCUCCGUAAAUACUGUGUGCAAAUACCUGCAUCCGUGCGCCUGUGAAUGUGUUUGGCCACCUGGGACUUCAUGAGCUGUGAGGACUGUAUCAGACACAUUGCUUACGACCAGAUUGCUGAUGCUGGGUGUACAUUCUUCUUGCAUUUUUAAAGGAACACAGCGGGAGGCUGACUGUCUUACAGGCUUCAAAAAUGUAAAACUGUCAUGAAAAAAAAAAAUCAGUUUUUGGAAAGGGGCAGGUCCCCAAAAAGGUUUUGAUUGUGAGUGUUGCUUUAAUAAAAAUUCAUGAAGCACA